GGAUCAUUUAUGUGGUUUUCUCUGUUGUAUAUACCAGUAUGUAUCAAAAUUCAGAAGUACAUAACUAAGACGCCAUUCUGUUAUAUAUUUAUUAAUAGUGAUUUAAUAUUUUAACAUUGGAAAUGGAUGCAAACGCGAAAGAAGCGAGGAUGAACAAAUUCCAGGAAGGUUUGCAGCAGCAGCGGAAGUUGGUUGAGCAGCUCCGCCUGGAGGCAGCCGUACCGCGCCUGCGCGUCUCCGAGUGCAUAGAGGAUAUCAUGAAAUACUGCGAGCAGCACACAAAUGAGGACGUGCUCAUCAACGGUUUUCUUAAGCCGGGAGACAACCCAUAUAAGGAGAAGGGCGGAUGCACAAUACUCUGAAACGCAUGCGUCGUGUGGGAGAUAAACUUGGGUUGCUGUGGGAUGAUUCGUCUGAACAUGUGAACACAUUACAAAACAUUUGUGUCUAGUGCAAUGUGAACGUUCAUACUUCGGUCCGUUGAUACGAAAACUAAAUAAGCAAAAAAAACUGCUCGAUGAAGUCUUUAUAUUUUUGAUAAUUGAAUGAUUGUAGUGAACUGUUUAAUGUUUACAAAAAUAAUACACUUAAUAAUGUGUCUAUACUAGGGAUGCAUACGCUUAGAUGCUAAAGUGAAUGUUGGGUCAGAUCAGGUGUUGUUGCAUAUAUAUUGAAACGUACAAAGAUUUAAAACCCAAACAACUUAUUUCAAAAUGUUUUUUUCCUUCGCAACAUAAUGGGUUUUAACCCAAAAAUUACUUUCAAAAUGUGUUUUUUUUAAUAAGCAACUUUUAUUUUACUUUUUAAUCUAAACCUAUAGAAAUAGAUGGCGUUUACAAGGGAAAAAUUCCCGAGACCGAAAUCGUGAAUGCGUGAAUGAGUUUAUUAUUGAAUUCAAUAUUGUGAUUUUAUUGUGAAUCAAUCCCAUGGAGUAUGCGUUAUAAAUGUUAUAACUGUGUGUAUGUAUGUCUCUAUUUGUCAGACCAUUACCUACUUAUAUCCACACGGCUAAUGUUUAGUGUACAUGCCCAUUUAAUGCUUCGUACGUAUAUGUAUCGUCUGAUUUCUCCACACUGAAAUUAUAUUCCCAUAAAUUGUGUUCAUUUAUGUGUCAUCAUUAUCACUAUUAAUCGAAAUGGAAUGUUUUCGGAAUGGGACCUGUUCAUUUAACCCAUUUAAGCCUAGUGGACUCUCCCAUCCUUCUAAAUUGGAUCAAUUUAUUUCCAAAAUUAGGGAUGUCUAGUAUAUUGAUUUCUAUAUUUAGAAUAUUUCUUACAGAAAUUCCUUUAAGCAAACAGCGCAGACCCUGAUGAGACUCCGCAUCAUGCGGCGUCUCAUCUUGGUCUACGCUGUUUGCCAAUGCCUUUUUUCUAUAGGCUAGGCAUUAAUGGGUUAAUGGGUUUAUACUAUUUUGUACUGGCACAUUUCAAGUUUUCAGCUUAACAACAGUGACAUAUAUUAUAAGCACUUCUAUUUUUUUUAGAAACGAAUAUGUGACGCACAAUUUUGCUUAGCGUUUGUUGCGCUAAACUUAAAAACAUGUUUUCUAGCAUCCUUUCGCAGAAAUGACUUCGUGUAUUGACCUUGGAUUUCGUAAGUUAACUAUAGCUUUGCUUUCGUUAAUAACGAUAUUGCAGCUGUAUGAAACAUGUUUAAUCUCAUUAAAUUGAUUACUUUUUUAAACCUGUAAUCAUUUGCUAAUACAUUUUAUAUUGAAAUUAUUUUAUAAAGUUUUCCAACUGUAAUGACAGUUAUAUUUUGAUUAUUUGAUAGCAAGCAGUUUAUGUUACUAAGGGACAUACGUCAAACAUAUUUACUGGUACAUGUAUAAAAAGUCUUGUAUACACGUGAUAGUGAUAAACGUUAGCCAUCUCUCAGAUGACUUCUGGUAUUGAACUUCUCCGCUAUUUGAACAUCUGUUUACUCAUUGAAGUUGUGUUAAUUCAUUUAUUAAGUAUCACUACAUGUAUAUUACGAUGAGCACGUAUCACGUGUGCUUUAUAUGUUUGGUUAUAAUUCAGUUACAGGCAUUGACGAAUGGUUUACCGGUUCCUUAAUAUAUGUUUCUCAAAUAACAGAUAAUGUCAUGAACUGCAGUGAAACUAUUAACAAUUAGAAAUAGUAUAGGUAAAAAACGAAAUUUCUAGAAUUUCACAUGUGGUAUACACUAUUAUACAUAAUACUCCAGCCUUUAACCCUUAAAUACUCGUUUCACGUGUAAACACGUUUUUAUUUUUAUUUUCUUUACGUAUUUCCUGUAAGUGCCUAAGCUAGUUUAUUUAUAUCACAGGACUUUUGAACUUGUUGGUGUCCACGUAUACCACUUGGGACGUAUCUGCCGAGCUAAACAAACAUGCAUUGUUUAAGCCACGUGUGUGAAACACGAUUCCUUACGUUUAUGUUAGCUCAGAAAUAAUGUAAUUCACAAUCUAAUUCGUUUUAUAACCAGAUAAUAUUGUUCACUGUUUUAUAGUCUGUUGCUAUGUUUCGACAGUGUAAGUUUUUGAAGUGAUUAUUUUGCAUUUUAGUAAAUAUAUUGUAGCAUGCGUUUGUGCAGGAAUAUUAAUUUAAAAGAAUCAACAACGCAAUUUACAAGGGUUUAACAAAUGUAUGUUGACACAAUGUGCACACAUAUAAAAAGCGAAUGUUAAUUGUCAUUUAAAAAUUCGUUUUAUAUAAAAAGAUGAAGAUCAUAAAAAUAGCGCUACUAUUGAUGAAUUGUGAAACCAUAUAUAUGAUUGUGUUUAGUUUGUUAUGCAGAAAUGCAUUUAUUACUCCUAUGUUUCAAACCAUCUUAUGUUGAAGCUGCCAAACUAUCUUCUUGUUUCUGACAAUGCCAAACAUGAUAGCUCUGUUUUCUCCUAUAUACGUGUUUCUUUUUGUUCACUAUGAUAUUGUAAACUGUGAACUUCGGUAUACGGCUCAUGCUUUGUGAACAUUUCAAUAAAUAAUAAAGUGUCGGAUGAAA